ACAUUACCUCAAUUAUGCUUAACUAAAGCACACUCGAUCGAGUUAUAUCGAGUUAUGUGCUAAAUUUAGCUUGACUAGCUUCGUCAACGUUCUCGUGACGUCACACCGAAGUCUCGCGAGUCGAGCUAGCAGCUUUUUUAGCCUGCUUUAAAACCUAAACACUGACAAACCGCUGGAGUUUUAUUUUCUUUUUUUACGGUUAAAAAAUGAAGAGAAACUGAAGAAACUGAUGAAUGUGUAAUAAGACACCGUAAAGUAUUGAUAACUGUGAUAUAGAGAGGAAACGCGGCUGAUUGUUGUUAUUGUGCGGUUUUAUUCAGAGCUAACGUUAAUGUUUUUCUAUCGCAAGGAGGAGAGGCGGGGAACAUAACAACACACACACACACACACACACACACACACACACACACACACACACACACACACACACACACACACACACACACACAGAUAUUAGUUUUGGAUGCAGUCGCUUUACACAGGACAUUAUUGUGUUUGUUCAGUCUGGAUUUCACUUCCCUGAGGACGACAGGCAGAUUCAGAGGCGUUACAUGGAUUAUCUGUGUUUCAGAACUCUGUGCUGUAAAGGUCCGCCUCCCCCCAGACCGGAGUAUGAUGUAGUGUGUAUCGGGUUGACGGGCUCCGGUAAGACCAGCCUGCUGUCCAGACUGUGCAACGAAGCCGCCGACACUAUAGUACCUACCACAGGUUUUAGCAUUAAAGCAGUGCCAUUCCAGAACGCCAUCCUAAACGUCAAAGAGCUGGGAGGAGCUGAUUCCAUUAAGAAAUACUGGAGCCGUUACUAUCAGGGCUCUCAGGGCGUGGUGUUUGUGUUAGACAGUGCCUCAUCUGACGAGGAUCUGGAGACGGCGCGCACCGAGCUGCACUCGGCCCUGCAGCACCCGCAGCUUUGCACCCUGCCCUUCCUCAUCCUCGCCAACCAACAGGACAAACCGGCUGCACGCUCCGUCCACGAGAUAAAAAAGUAUUUUGAGCUGGAACCUUUGGCUCGGGGGAAGAGCUGGUUGCUCGACGGAAGCACGGUGGAUCACAUGGACGCUGUGAAGGAGAGCUUCAGCCAACUCAUCCACCUGCUGGAGGAAAAGGACCAAGAGACGGGCCGGAUAUGAUCUGGGAGCGUUUUCCCAAUCCCAGCAUCCUCCACUCUGGAGAGUACAGAGCUCCACCUCACCACAAGCAAGAGUGUGUGUGUGUGUGUGUGUGUGUGUGCAUGUGUUUUACUCAGACUCCAGUACAGCAAGGCUUACAGAUUCACACAAGUGGGGUUUAUAUUGUAUAUCAUAUCGAUUUUAAGGUAUGAUACGUAAUUAGGUUCCUUGUAAUAGUAACAUGUUCCCGAACUGUUGUGCCGCGUCGUCAGUAAACACGGAUCUGUUGUACAUCCUGUGUAAUACACACCGAGUUGCACAUUGCUACAUGACUGAUAAAGUUUAACACUUUUCUUUGUAUGUAGAGAAACUGGGUAGGUUUUUUUGUAAUAUGUAGAUUGUUCUAUUUUGUGCGUGUAUAGGAGUGUGUGUGUGUGUGUGUGCGCGCUUGUGUGCGCAUGCAAGAUGAACGUUUGUACUUUUAAAGCCUUAAAGUAUGUGAUGUUUUUUUUUUUUAUAACCAAACUACAGUGACUUAUAAAACUAUAUAAACAGUCUUAAAUAAUCACGGCUGUGAAAUCACUACAUUAUUCCCGAAACCACAAACAAAAAUUCCAAGAUUCCAGAAAAUCUGAGUUCCUCUGCAUGUGUCUCUGGUGUAAUUGUAGAACUCGUGCAUCAUACAGGAGGAUUGUUUGAGGUUUAGUGAUCUGUUUCAGUGCUGUUAUUCUGUCGUUGUAGUCGUUUAUAACCACAGCAUAUCAAAACAGGAGUGUUUCGUCUUCCCGGAGAUCCGUCGUCUCUCCGUCCGAGUGAUUAAUCCCCGGAAUUAAUCACCAGAACUGUGUAGUUCCAGUUAUGCAUCGUGAUUGUAGUAUUAUAAGGUUCUAUUUGGAUUUGGAGAGCAAAGUUUUCACAUUCCAGUUUCCUGAAAUCUGACAUUUACCGUUGCAGCUCCACAAAGAACUCCAUUUAAACUUUUUACAUUUCUGUUAAGGAGAGUUCGAGGAGAUAAGGUAAUAAUAUUAUAUAAAUAUAACAGUACAGUUAUUUUCUCUCGAUCAUGCACAAAGUGUUCGGAUAUGUCUGAGCUUAUUUAAACGUUUUUUUUAAUUAUCGGCAUUUUUUAAUUUUUUAAUCAUUCAAUCUCAACAUUUUCAUCCUUUUUGUUUUUUUUUUUCUUUUGGGUAAAAGUGCCACCAUUUUGACCAUUUUCAGCCAAACUGUCAUAAAUAAAGCCAGAUAAAGCUACCUGAUGUUAACUACAUGUUUUUCAGAUGUUACAUACGAGGAUAGAUUUUAUUUGAUAUUAAAUAUUUUUAUUUACCUGUGAGCAUGAGAGAAAGGGGACGUGGCUUCCAUGUAGCAUCAGUUAAAGGUGCGGUGCACGAUGUUUGAAAGCCAAUGUUGACAUUUGAAAUCACCAAAACAAACACGCCCCUAACCCAAAUGGGUGUCACCCCUGUUUUUAUAGCUCCGCCCACACAUACAUACGUAACCCAGGCAACUAUUAUGGCGGAACCUGCUGGGGCGGCUGGCCGAGGGGAUAUUUUUAUCAAUAAAUGAACACAAUGAGUAAUACUAUGGUAAUACAGAUGUGUUUGUGUAGUACUGUGUGUUGUACCGUGAAAGGUUUAGCUCCGUUUCACGCCGAAGACGUUCAGUUCUCUCCAGCGCUGGAAAGCUGAUCCUAUAUUAACACGGUCCUGCUUCUUGCCUUAUAGUAAGCCUUUCUUCGCUUUUCGUUUUUAUCCACCAUGUCAUGUUAAAACCGCUUUAUGCUAAUGUCAGACAUGCGCACUGAACACUCUUCGCCCAUAUUGACAAGACACGCCCCUUUCUGCUAAUGUCAGACAUGCGCACUGAACACUCUCUCCGACGCAUAUCGACAAGACAUGCCCCUUUCUGCUCAUUGGCUGCACGUUUUUGUUUUGUUUGUCGGCCCGACUCAGUUUUCUGAAUCCUUUUUCACACAUCCUGCACCGCACCUUUAAUACCAGAGCGAAAAAUUCAAAACAUCUACGCAAACCUCUAUCCUUCCAGAUCCAUACGAUUCACUUUACAUUGUUUGAUAGCUUUCUGAUUUGAUGAAACCUUUACAAAUUUAUACUUUUAUACUCUGCAUCUACAGAUAACAGAUUCUUUCUCCUCCGUGAGGCUUCAGAUCAAUUGAAUGUAGACUUACAUCGGUUAGGAUCACUUAGGUUGCUAUUGGCUGAUAAACAGCACCUUAUAUUUUUAAAUAUUACACCAAAAAUUAUGUAACAAAGCACUACAAGACAAUAAAGUGAUGAAAUUUCCACCAAGCUGCCCGACAGAACCGUAAUAAUACAGAGGUCAUGAUGGAUUUCAGUAAAUUUUCUUACUGUUGCCUCUGAAUGUAAAUCGCUCCGAUCCUGUCCUCAGACCGUCAGUAGUGCCUCUUCUUUAGAUGGAGUGUCCGUCUUCGUCUCCCUUCCUUACUCGAGUGCCAAUCCGAUCGCAUUCUCAUCCCAACUGUCCCUGUGCCAUUAAUUACGGUGUCUCCAAAACCAAAUGAAAUCCUGUUUAAGUCUUAACGAAACCAGGGAACAAAUCUCCUCUUUGUAGCGUAGCUGCCUUUUUAUAAUUCACACAUUCAGUUUGUACAUUAGGUACAAAUUAUUCUAGGGUUUUUUUUUGUUGUUGUUGUUUUUUGUUUUGUUUUGCCUUUUUUUUCCAGUUCUUUUAUUUUUGUUUAUUUGUAUUGGAACAAAUCCAAACACUUCUAGACAUUUCAAAUUGUGAUGACCGUGAUGUCGGUCUCAAACCGUUGAUUGUGUAUAUAUAUGUAAUUUAUGUAUAAUUUACACUGAGCAACAUGAAUAAUAAAGGCUGAAGUAGGAGAAAUGA